GCGCUGCCCAGAGCUGCUGCCGAGCGCGGGCCGGGCUGGCCGCGGCACUGAGGCUCCCGGCGCCGGGGCCGCCCCGCUCCCUCCCGGCGCGUCCCCCAGGCAGCGCCCACAGCGGAGCGCGGCCCCGGCCGGCGGCAGUGAGUUCUGCUGUGGAUCCGUCACGCAACCUGAAUGGCUCUGUGAGAGAUGACCUUGGAAAUGCUGAUACAGUGGCACCAGAGCUCACAGCCCAGCCUUGCCAGGGCCCGACAUGUGAAAGAGAGAUGGAAUUGUGGCUGUUAAGCAGAGUGUUUCAUCAGCUGGACCUGACUAAGCUACUUCCUGAAUGUGGCAGUAACGGAACUGCAGAAAUCCCCAGUGUCAAAAGUGAAGCCAAGAGCCUGCUCCACCUACAUGAUUAACCCUGCCCUUGAGCUAAGAAUUUGAACCUCUCGGAUGAAAAGUUGCGCACACAAGAAGACCCUAAAGACCCGGGAGCCAAAGCUUUCACUGGAAUGUGAGUUCAGCCUUCACAAGUGCAAAAGAAAAGCAAAAACCCACGGUUACAAAUGAAGCCCUUUGAAUGAACUCAUCUUAGAUGCAUGAUGUUUGGCAUUGCAGCCAGUCACUCUGGAAAAGGAAGCCACGGGAGAGCAGCAGUCUCAAAUACAUCUCUGAUGCACGUUUUGCUGCAGAAGCCAUGAGGGGCCAUUGCAGCUCACCAUGUUCUGCCGCCGAAGCCCAACUGGCUCUGGAGAACAAUCUGCCCCACCGCUUCUGGCAACAGUUCAGUGCACAGCUUGAUCAGCUCACCUGCAAAAACCUUGCCUGGUUUAAAAGAAGAAAGCAUGCAGUUACGCAUAUGUUGUAACCAUGUGAAGUCUGUUGUGCUGGGAGGAAACAUACCCUGGACUCAGUAGGGCCUUGCCUAUUGCUGUGGAGUGGAGGGAGCAGAAGGAUCCAGCCCCAGAAGAAUGUCACCUUUGCUGAAAUUUCAGUUUCAUCUCUUCUGAAUAAAUGAAGAAAGUGACUAUGAAAGCACAGCAUCUACCUUCUGUUUCCAUCAGUGAGGAGAAGUCUAUAAGCAGAGAGCAGCUCAGUUCUCUGCUGAGGACAUAUAACUCUUAUUAUUCUGAUCAAGAAAACCUGCAGCUGUCAUAUAAUCAGCCAGAAGGCAGCAAACCAUUUAUUGAAGGAAUCUUGUCAAUAUUUUGGGGAAUCCGACACCCUAUCCGAUUAAAAAUUCAGGAUGAGAAACAGAUACCUUCUUUUGUUACCCUUAAAUCAACAGAGAAUGUGGGUUUGUUUGCCAGUAAAAGGGGAAUGACACGCUGGGGAGAAUUUGAUAAUCUACAUCAUAUUAGUGGGGAGACAUUGAAAUCUGCAGAAGAAAAGUCAAACCUGGAGAAAAGUUAUUCAUGUUAUGAAAGCAACACUCUGAAGUCCAAGAGCGAGCAGGAACAUGACUCUGCUACCCUGCCCAGAACCCUAAGCGAUGCUGCAGCGGUGAGGAAGAGGACCAAGUUCCCCAUGAUAGCAAGAACAGAAGUGGAAACUCACAGGUUUUCUAUUAAUGGCCAUUUCUACAACUACGAGACAUCGGUUUUCACUCCAGCUUUUGGAUCAGAAACCAAAAUAAGAAUAAACAGCCGUAUGAGAACAAGAGAAGUAAUAGAGCAAUUGCUUCGAAAGUUUAAGAUAGAAAACAGUCCACAUGAAUUUGCACUUUAUAUUAUCCAUGCAUCAGGAGAAAAGAAACAGCUGAGGGGUGGAGACGUUCCCUUACUGCACAGACUCUUACAGGGGCCUUCAGAGAAGAUUGCCCAAUUUUUUCUCAUGGACAGGGACGCAGAGGAGGUUAGCAGUGAUGUUGCUCAAUAUAUCCAGUUUCAUCUUCCCUUUUUGGAGUCAAUUCUGCAUAGACUGAAUGAAGAAGAAGAACAGGAGAUUCAACAGACAAUUGCAAAAUAUCUUAAAGAGAAGAGUAUGAUAUGCCAGCACCUUCAUAGUCGAACUGUUAAAAAAACAGAGACUACUGUUUGAUAUGAAUGGCUUAUUGUGAAUACUACCCAUGUACCUGUGCCAAAAAACAGUCAGUAUAUUGUCUUGAUCUUGGAAAUAUUACCAACGUGCCAUAACUGAAGAACACUUACAGCACAAGGGCGUUUAAAUUCCUAAAGUUUCUUUUGAUUAUGCAACUGAGACUGAACCUACUUCAUUACAGCUCUGGAAUACAAGUUGGGAACCGCCUUAGAAGAUGCAUGAAGCCCUCCAAAUGACAAAUGCUGAGUCCAACUCAAAACUCAAAAGGGGAAAAAGUCCUGUGAAAAGCACAAGGCUUUGAAACCUACUUAUUUCCAAGCCAUUACCAGAAGUGUUGCAUAAAAGAAAAAUGUUGCAAUUAGCCAUGUGUUAAACAUACCAAUGAAAAGAAAGUACAUGACUUUUCUUCUGUUAGAGAAAUCUUGAACUGAAUUAGAAGGAAGCUUUUUAGUAGAUUUAAGUGACAAAGGAUAUUUAUGUACCUAAGGCUGCACUUAGGCUUUUCAGGUAACUUGAAAAACCACCUACACAAGCAAGGUACCUGAAAUCCCACUGCUUUGAUCACUGAUUGAUCGUUACCUAACUCACUUAAGCUUUGAGCUUCCACUUGAAUAAUAGAAAUGGAAAAUCUUCCACUUUAUAGCUACUAAGCUCUUGAACAUAGCAGUGAAUCUCUCUCUCACAUGCCUCUUAAACUGCAAAGUAGGAGCUCUCUUGAAAUAUCGUUGCGUCCGCUUGAUCUGUUUCUGGAUGACACCUCAGCGGUUUUUCUUGUUGAAAUGUAAGUGAUUAUUUGCUCCUCCGUGUGUUUAAUAUUAGAAGAUUGAAGUGAAAAGUAUUCAGUAAGAAAGGUUAAAGGAUUGUAAUCUUAGUCAUAGCAAUGAUGGGGCAUGUAGGGUUGGGCUGGCAUCCUUCCUCUGUGAUCCCGGAGAUGCAGUCUUUGGACAGUCUGUGGCCCCAGCACAGUGCACAGGAGUCAAUUUCUUGGUCCCGUCUGGUCAAGUCAUGCCAAGCAGAAAAGCUCAAGUUGCAGAGAGGUAAAUAAAAUUCAAGUCACGCACAAA